CUUGUUUUUCACCGUUUUGUUUGUUUAGUUUUAGUAUUUGAAAUUUAAAUAUGUUAUGCUCUUAUUCAAUUUUUGCUAUGAAUAACGGUUUUGAGAGAGAUAUUAUUUGAUUUUCAAACCAUUUUGUGUAUUGCAAAAACUAAUAUGCCUUUAGUAGAUUACGGCUCAUCUGAUGAAAGUGAUUCCGAAUCACCUUGUGAUGAAAAGAAUAAUUGUGCAGUCGGGAAAGUUGAUUUGGUGUUAAAGAAUCAAGAAGACUCCAUUACUCAAAAUUCAGUGUUAAUAAAGGAAACCUCUGAUUCCAAAACAACUGAAGCCAAACUGUUUGCACAAUUACCAGUGCCAAAAAGUAUCUUUUCACUUGGUGAAGAUUCGUUGAGGUUGCUUAGCAAAAAUAAGAAUCAACCUGUGAAAAUAUUGUUACCCUCUCUAAGUGAUUUACAGUCAAGUGAUAAUGAAGAAAUUAGGAAGAAGAAACCUUCUACUAAAGGAUCUGGUUUGUUUGCAUUGUUACCAGCUCCUAAGAAUGUUAAUAAUUUAAUACCCAAGAGUAUUACUAAUAAAUUAAAAAAUUCUAACAAGCCCAAACCAGUUCCUAAGAUAAAACAGUUGUCAUCAUCAAAAUCAACUACUGCAACCAAAUUUGAUGAUGAAGAGAAUGAUGAACAUGAAGAAAAUCCAUCAUCAUUCUUUUUUAACUCAAGUGAUGACAUUGUAUUACCUGAAGCAACCGUUGAUGAAUCAGUUACUGGCAUUGAGCAAAUCAAUUAUGAUAGUUCUUCGAUUGCUCAUUUGUCUACUCCUGCUGAUACACCUUUGGUAAAUUCUGGUGUAAGUUCUGUGAGCAAAUACCCUUCAUAUUCGGAAUGUGAAUCUGAUACAGCUAUGAUUGAAGCACAGAAUGAUCAGGAUUUCAGUAAUUUAGACGAUGAAGCUAUUGAAAAACUAUGUGGUACUAGGGCUAGAAAAAGGAAAGGAGAAAUUUCUGAAGAAGUUAUUGAUAUUAAUGUUGAUUCUAUGGUAGGAGAUGCAUAUAUGUGGCUUUCUAAAGAUUUGACAAAAGGACAUGAACAUACAGGAUACAAGAAAGCUAAAAAUCUUUCUGUUGUUGAAAGAAGAAAACAUCAAAUAACAUAUUUGGCAUCCCAAGCUAAAGAAAAAGAAAUGGAACUUCGAAAUCAGUGGGCGAAUAGCAGAAUGACACGUAAACAAACCCAAUCAAAAUAUGGAUUUUAAUCCAUUAUUUUAAUUUUACAAUAAAUUAUUAGAACUGUUAUAGUCAUAAUGGUGAUUCAUUUUUUAUAGUUUUGUAUGCCUUUAUUGCUUGCUACCUCUUUGAUAUUUCAUUGAUAUAUUGUACAAAACAUGUGAAUAUCUGUAAAUAUAAUGUUUUAAAUUUAA